GCCAGGGCUCGAACCGACAACCUUCCGAUUACAAGGCGAACGCCAAACUCUUGAGCCACGAUCGUCCCGAUGUAAUGAACAUGGUCAUGAAAACUGUAAAUUUCAUUUGGGUUCGUGGCCUGAAUCACCACCAGUUCCAGCUGUUCCUGCAGGAGAUGGGCUUGGAACACGAAGACCUGCCAUACCAUACAGAAGUGAGGUGGCUAAGUAGGAGCAAAGUCCUCAAACAAUUUUUUGAGCUUAGGGAGGACAUUGCUUUUUUCAUGCAGAAUAAAGGAAAACCCCUGUCUGAACUGUCAGAUCCAAAUUGGCUGUGUGAUUUUGCCAUCUUAUGUGACAUAACUGAGCAUCUCGCCCAACUGAAUCAGAAGCUGCAGGGACGCAAACAAGCAUCAUACAGAUGCCCAAUAUGAUCACGUUUCCAGCGUAAACUGGACCUAUGGAAGUGCCAAGUGGAACAGGGCAAUCUUGUCACAUUUCUGUUUGUCAGAGGAUCUCAGCAUCAUUUCCAGGUGUUUUUUCAUGUGCUCGUUUAGCUACAAAACUGAGCCGGUUAAUGAAUGCGUUUGAUUGGCGCUUCUCAGACUUCAGAACACUAUACUCGGGCUUCGCCAUCUUUACCAGUCCUUUCACCACUGAUGUCAGCAAAGCCCCCCAUCACCUUCAGCUGGAGUUAAUCGAGCUUCAAAGCAACAGUGGCCUGAAAGCAAAGUUCCAAGAUGCUGCAAUCGAGGACUUUUACCGUCUACUGCCCCCUGGUGUAAUGCCACAGCUUCGACUUCAUGCUGCCCGUGUUCUGUCCAUGUUGGGGAGCACCUAUUUGUGCGAACAAAUGUUUUCAACAAUGAAUCUGAACAAAAUCAAGCACAGAUCACGCAUCACUGAUGACAACCUCCAAGCUGUUUCGCGGAUUGCAACAGUACAAGAACUAAAACCAGACAUUGACACGCUGACCAAAGGAAAACGGUGUCAGACAUCAGGCCAUAAAACACAUAGAACAUGAUCAAUGGAUGAGGUUGGUGGAGAGCGGAUCCACUUGAUGUGUUCAAGGACAGGCAGGAUGUCAUUUUGAACUCAUAGUUGUGAGCUGAGACAAUGUUUAUUUGUUAUCCAUCCAUCCAUCCAUCUUCAUCCGCUUUA